ACACAGCUGAUUGUCUGCAGCUGAGUGAGAAGUGAGAAGGAUCUUCACUCGUUUUCGACAAAAUUGCGGGAAAUGAGCGGAGACUCGGAACUGUGAUCAGAGGGCAGUGCCCAGCUGACACAGAGCCGGCAUCCCAAUGAGCGACCAAAGCGACUCUCUCAAGCACUCGGAGGUGGAACACUCCAACCAUCUUUCGGAGUGCAUAGGCAGCCUCCUGUUCAGUGCCGAGUACUCCGACGUCACCUUAAUCGUUGAAGGCGAGAGUCUUCCGGCACACAAGAUCAUCUUAGCCUCGUCGUGUGAUUACUUCAGGGCUCUCCUCUUCGGAGGAAUGCGGGAAUCAUCUCAGAGGGAAGUCGUUCUGCAAGAUGUUCCACUCAAAGCCUUCAAGCUCCUGCUCGGCUACAUCUACACCGGACACCUGACUCUCGGGGGAAUGAAAGAAGACGCGAUCUUGGAAAUUCUCGAACUCGCGCAUAAAUACGGCUUCGAGAAACUCCAAACGGCGCUGUGUCGAUAUCUCCAAGAAAUUCUCUCAGUCCGCAAUGUGUGCACCGUUUAUGACAAAGCGCAGCUCUACAACAUCGAUCACCUCAUCAAGACUUGUUGUCGCUUCAUCGAUCGGCACGCGGGCUCCAUUCUCCAAAGCGAGGCUUUCCUCCAGCUGUCUGGCACGGCUCUUAAAGAAAUGCUAUCCAGAGACUCGUUCUUCGCAGAAGAAAUCGAGAUCUUCGGCGCCGUCAAACGAUGGUGCUCGGAGCGUGCAGACGACGAAGACAAUGCGGACAUCCUCAAAACGGUUCGACUGCCUCUCAUUGCCACUGCCGACCUCCUGAGUACUGUGAGAGCUUCGGGUCUGAUCCCACCGGAUCGCUUGCUCGACGCAAUUCAGAAGAAGACCGAGAGCCGAGAUAUCGAUUUGAAUUAUCGAGGCCUGCUCGUACGGGAUGAGAACAUCGCCACCGCUAGCCAUGGAGCCUGCGUGAUCACGGGUAGCCCGAGCCACGACCUCCUGGAGCCGAAGAUGUCCCGGAGCUACGACAUCGAUCGGGGAUUCACGAGACACUGCAUCGAGGAUGAGAAAGGCAUCACCAUCGAGCUCGGCCAGCCCUCGAUCAUCAACCACAUCUCAUUCCGUCUAUGGGAUAAGGAUCCACGCACAUAUUCGUAUUACGUCGAACUUUCCAUGAAUCUCGAGGAUUGGUUUCGAGUCAUCGACCAUUCGACCUAUCCGUGCCGUUCCUUGCAGAGACUCUAUUUCGAGGACCGAGUAGUUCGUUACGUCCGAGUUGUUGGAACCCAUAACGCAGCGAAUAACCUUUUUCAUCUGGUGACGUUCGAAGCCAUGUACACGGAGAUGCCAUUCAAGCUCAGUCAGGGAAAUUACGUUCCCGAAGAAAAUGUAGCUUCUGUGGAGAGGGAAGCCUGUGUGAUAGAGGGCGUCAGCCGAAGUCGUCACACUCUCAUCAACGGCAACUUCACAGACUACGACUGGGACUCAGGAUACACCUGUCAUCAGGUUGGCGCUGGUUCAAUCGUCGUUCAACUCCCACAGCCGUUCAUGGUAGAUUCUAUCCGGAUGUUGCUGUGGGACUGUGACUCCAGAUCCUACUCGUAUUAUAUCGAGACUUCCCUUGACCUGCGGGAGUGGACUCGGGUGGCGGAUCGGUCUGCGGAGCAUUGCCGCUCCUGGCAGAUUCUGACCUUCAAGCCCCUGCCGGUGGUCUUCAUCAGAAUUGUGGGCACCGCCAACACGGCCAAUGAGGUAUUCCAUUGUGUACACUUUGAGUGCCCUGCUCAAGUGCGAAGUCUCGAUGAAUGUCCAGCGAGUGGACGAGAAGUCAUGGUAGGCGCUCCUGAACAGAUGCUCUCCCUUGUUUGAAAAAAGGAACCGAUGAAAAUGGCUGUUUGACUGCGCUUGGUUCCAAGCCUCUACUCGAGGGCAGAUGGAUGUCGAUCGAUCGCCCAGAUAGUAUCAGCGAACUAGUGGAUCUGCUUUGCGGUAGGGCGUGUCCGGAACGAUGCGGAUCGGAUGCACGCACCGACCUUAGGUUUCCGACAACUAGCGGCUCACCCCAGUCCAUAGAGGAAAAGUUCAGAUACAUAUAC